AUGUGGGCGAGUCUGAUAUCUCGGCAGUCCCCAAUCGUGUCCCAAAGGUCCCAAAAGAGAAAGAAAACCGUCUGCAAAGAGACAUCAGGCGAGAGAGGGCAGACAGUAACUGCAGUGUUCUGCAUAUUUGUUCCUCCAGCUAUGAUCUUCGCAAGAAAGCGUAUGAAACCAGAACUAUUCACAGAUGCCCCAGAAGGAACAUUGCCAAUGAUUUCUGACACUGGUUUUAUCAAUACUGAACUCUUCGUAGAGUGGCUAAAGCAUUUCAGCAGCUUCGUGAAGCCAAUGAAAGAGGAUCCAGUUCUCCUGAUACUGGACAACCAUAUCGCCCAUUGCAGUAUUGAAGCUGUUCUCUUCUGUACAGAACAUCAUAUAACUCUUCUGUCUUUACCGCCGCAUGCAAGCGGCAGGCUUCAGCCUUUAUGUGUUGGCUUUCUCGGGCCUCUGAAGGAAGUCUACGCUCAAGAGGCUGACAGGUGGCUAGUGAACAAUCCUGGCGCUGCAACUGCUGAGAUCAACGUUGGCAGAAUCUUAAGAUCAGCCUACGAGAGAGUGGCAAACAUGAAAAUAGCAGUACGUGCAUGCGAGACAACGGGAAUUCAUCCGGUUAACAGGAAUGUCUUCUCAGAUGAAGACUUUGCACCCUCAGAAGUGACAUUCUGCCCCCGUGUGCAGGAGACUCAAGCCACUGCAGAAGACACUCACGUUUCAGCGAACAAUGAAAAUGGUAAUGAAGUGUCCUUAACAGUUCAACCUGCGAUAGUUGAGGAGCCACAAGUCUCGCCUGCUAUGAUGUCACCAUUACCGAAGGCAGUGCAGACGAAGAAGCGGAAGAUGACUGCUAAAAGUCCGAGGUUUUAUCUUCCUCUCCAUACAAGAACGCUCUUCUAA